AUGCGGCUCAUUGAUCGAGCUUUCGUGCAGCAACAUUACCUUUCCCGUGUCAGGAGGUUGAGAACAAAUCCCGUCACCCUGGAAUUCAUGGAAUAUACCUCCUCAACCAAGCCGCGCAUGCAGGUUUACCUGCAGACGGUGGUGAAAUAUGACAUGCUCUCCCACAGGUGGCUGCUCGAAGGGGAGCCCAGCUUCAAGGACAUGACGGACGGAACAGCCGCCAGUACGGCAGGCUACCAAUAA